UUGAGGUGAGGUGUUGUUUGCUGCCCUGUCAGCAGUCAGACCUGCCUCUCUGGAGAUUCAGAGAACAUCUUCUUAAAGACCUUCAGAAAGCAAUUCCUGACAUGGACAAGGUUUUUUGUACCAAUUGUAAGGAACAGAGAUUAGCACAGAGUCUCUGCCCUUACUGUAACAAAUGGCUAUGCUUGAUAUGUACCGACAUACACCACCAUGCAAAAGAUAGCAAAAUGAACGUCUUGUCAGAAACUGACAGGAAGCAACCCAACACUGGUCGGUCACAGGAACUCCUGUAUUGUCAGCGUCACAAUGAGGAACCUCUGCGUUUAUUUUGUGAAACGUGUGCCAUGUUGACCUGCAGUAGCUGCCACCUUUCAUCACACAAAAAUCACAGCCUUUUCCAUGUUGGUAAGGCCAUUCAAAACCAACAGAGGCUUUUUGAAAGUUUAACAGCACAAGUGGAGGACAAGAAAGCAACCAUGAAGAGUGCCACUAAACAAAUCGAAUCCAGGUUACACGACAUAAAAGUCAUGCGCAGGACAACAGAAAACCAGAUUAAAAUGGCAAAGAUGAUAAUGUUGAAUGAAAUAAACAAACGUGCCAAUGUACUAUUAGAACAACUUGAGAGGAUAAUGGAUCAUUAUAAGUUGAGUCUGGAGUACCAGCAGCAUAGAAUCGUAGACCUUUGUCAGCAGCUAGAACAAGUGCAGAACUUUAUAAACUGGGCAACAGCCCACGACAAGACCAUUCCAUUCCUCUAUAGUAAGGAACUGCUUUCAUUUCAGAUGCAAUGUCUGCAUGAAUCCCAGCACCAUGCAAAUAUGAGUCCUGCUAAUAGAAUCAGCUUCUACUGGGAUGCCAGUUUCUGGACCAAGCAGAUUUCACUCUUUGGUCAGCUGACAACAGACACAGCUCACCAAGGUUAUCCAGACAAUGCUAACAUACAGCGACCCCAACCUUUGAUUUGUCAAGGCCUGCCAGCAGCACUACAUCACAGACCUGUAGAUCAAGCCAAUGAGUUCCAGCCGUGUUUUCAACAGCCAAUCCCUGCCCAUUGUGGGCAGUGCCAUCAUAGGUCUCAAGCUCUCCAAGAACAUCUCGCCCAACGGUGCAUGCACCUUACAGAAACAGACAGAGGGCACAGGUUGCAGCAACAGAAUCCCACGGGACAACAUGAACUAGAGCAGGGCAGGAGGUAUCGGCGGAUAAUGCCUUACCCCGUGAAAACAUUACAUCCCUGGAAAGUACCUCAACAAGCACAGUUUGAGCAGGAUCAGCAGGCAGGUAUGUGUAUGGGAACGCACUUACAAAUGAAGCAGUUGGAGCAAUACGCCUAUCCAGUUAGCUGCACGCUGCCGUCACACAGCAUUCACCAGCAGAUGCAUCUGCAACGGGCUUCACCAACAAUGCAAGCCCCACAGACACACAUGACACAGCAGCAGCCUGCGGUGCAGCUCAACCAUUUGCAGCCGAUGCAACUCCUGCAGCAACGACAGAUGCAGACAACAGAGCCCCUGCUGCUGGACCAUGCAAUGCAGCAUGGUGUCCUGCAACCCAGCCAACUGGAGCAAAUGCAAAAAGGCCCAAAGGACCUGCUCCAGAGUCAGGAGUCCAAACUGCAACUCCGGCACCCAGCAAAACCCCAGCAGUUUCAGCAAGCAAGAGUGAAGCAGAUCAAUUACAUUGUGAGACAGCAGCCUGUUCAAUCUCAGAAUGGUAUGCAACAGCAAAGCUUCCAGCCAGCACUGGAUAAUGGUCAGGCUCAACAGAUUGAGCAGCUGCAGCAGGAAGCUGAACUCCAGCAACACGAUGAGAACCAUAGGAUGACUCAUGCAAGUGUGGUGAACCAAAUCAUUCCACAGCAGACACCCUGUUCCGAAGCUAUGAACGGGGUACCUUUCAUACCAGCACAUCCACAUGAUUCCCAUGGCAGUGUGUUGACCUGCACACUGUCCUUACCCAGCCAUUCAGCAUCAACAGUUUCCAAGCAAAACACAGAGGAUUGUGCAUCAGCCAUCGCUGACAGGGAUCCUGCCUCGCAGAAAAUGGCCAUGCCAGCCAACCAACCCCUGAGCCUCACACCAAAAAUAACUGACCUAAUAUCUGAGAAAAGGGCUCUUGAAAACACCCAGCAAGAUUCAACACCUUUCCCAAGGCCUGAAACACACUCAUUCCCUGAAGACUUGCACAGUGGGACUCAUGAUAACCUAGCAACACAUAACAGGGACCAAGGGAGCAUGGAAUUCAAGGAAGGUGACCAUGUCUUAACAAAAGCCCGAAUUAAAAAGGACGGUGAAAAUACUUUAGAUGAACCAAUAAAUUUGUCUUGCAACGAACGCCAGUUAUUUGGCUCGGCUGGUCUUCGUUUCGCUCCUGUAACAGCUGGCAGCAUCUUUGAAGGUGAAGAUAAUAAAAUGAAUGGAAAUACAUCACAGAAUAAUAUCAGAGAGCCCAAAAAUUUGAUGGUCCCGUUCGUCAAGCUGGAACGUUUGAAAAUUUGUCCAGGUGCUGGUCAACUACCAGUGUUCAAACUGCAGCCAGACUGCAGCCAGAUGGGUAACAGCUAUUUCAUCCUGAUGGAAGUGAAAAAUGAGACUCCAGCAGCAGCUGAACAAGUAUGGGAAACGGAUAACAUUGCUCAAGAGACAGCCCUUUUUGAUGACACAGUCCACCCUCCACAGACCAACCAUUUGCAGUCACAAGAUGACCCUAAUCAGAAACCACUGGACACUUCAGACUUGCACAGGCUCGCUCAAAGCUGUGAUUCCAAAGACCCAGAGCCAGCGCCGCUGUGUGGUGACAAAGAGGAACCUCCCUGUACAAAUCUGCCUGAGGAGAUGGAGGAAGCCAGUGUCAUGGAGAACGAGGAUUUCUGUGCAGUCUGCCUCAAUGGAGGAGAUUUGCUAUGUUGUGAUCAAUGCCCCAAGGUUUUCCAUCUCUCCUGUCAUGUGCCUUCACUGCUGAGCUUCCCAGUCGGUGAGUGGGUAUGUUCACUGUGCCGUAACCUGCAGAUUCCAGAGAUGAUAUAUGACUGUGAAAACACUCGACUGAUUCAAGAACAUAAAGGGAAAAGACCACAAUACGGGCUUUCACUCUAUGACCAAAGGAAAUGUGAAAAACUGACUCUCCACAUUUACUGCAACACCCUCAGCUUGCCUUUCCAUGAGCCUGUCAGUCCUUUGGCACGCCAUUACUACCAAAUAAUAAAGAAACCAAUAGACCUGUCUGUUAUAAGAAGCAAACUGAACAAAAGGAGCCCUCUCUGUUAUUACACCCCCGAUGAGUUUGUGGCUGAUGUUUUCCUGAUGUUCAGGAACUGUGCAAAAUUUAACUAUCCAGAUUCCGAGGUGGCCCAAGCAGGGAGGAGCCUGGAGGCUUUCUUCAAUGAGAAGCUCAAAGAGGUGUUCCCAGAUAAAGCCUUUCAGGAUUUAAUGGAUGACUCAGAUCCUGAAGAGUUUGAUGUGUAUAAGGUGGGCAUGAAUGGCUUUCUGUGGCCACCAAAGGAAAAGGAGUCCUGUCACAUCAAACGAAGACGGCGAAACUGUCGGCUGCGAAAGACAUCAGGUUUGAUCAAGGACACUGCAGAAUAUAAGCUUUCUGGGAGUGAUGGCAACCCACAUUGACCCCAUAUGUCCAAUCUGCUGAAGGGGCAAUUGCAAGUGUUCUUAAUAUGCGAUUUCACAAACUCUAAGGGAACAUGUGAUUCUUAACUCCUCUUAAGUGGUUGUAAUGAGGAAUGUUCCUAAAAGGGAUGUAGUUUUACUGAUUGUUUUUUCGCACCUUCUUCUAAAAAUAAUGUAUUAGUUGCACCGGGUUGUAUUUUAAGGACUUACAUUUAUCUGUUAAUAUAUAUGGAUUCUUAAUCUGUUUCUGUUUUUUAAAGAUGUGAAGUAGAAUGUAAUUGUUUAUGCAAAUGGUAAUAAUAAUAAUAAUAAUAAUAAUAAUAAUAAUAA